AUGGAUCAAGAAUCUCAUGACCAGGCCCUGAGCAUCGCCGUCGAGAACUCAGCCAACGACAGUCCCGGGAGAGUGGACAUUAGGACAUGGCCCUUCUCCAAGAGAAAAGGGUUCAAGAAAAUGGAAGUGGACUCAACAAAAGUAGACAUCUAUUGGGACUUAUCCUCUGCCAAAUUCGGGUCAAGCCCCGAGCCCUUAGAGGGAUUCUAUCUAGCCAUAGCAAUAAAUCAAGAACCAUGCCUUCUCCUCGGAGAUUCGCAGACUGAAGCCUACAAGAAGAUGGAUAUCGAUCCAUCACCAUUUGCACCAAAGGCCUGUUUUAUUGCUAGAAAAGAGCACAUUUUUGGGAAGAGAUUGUACAAUUCAAAGGCGCAGUUUUGUGGGAAGGGGCGUUUGCAUGAUAUAAGGAUUGAGUUUGAUCCAAAUGAGACUUCGCCGCCUCCUCCGCCCCACCCAACAUCGGCAGCAUCCUCUCGACGCUGGGUUUCCAAGAGCUCUCCGCCGCAGCGAGCGCGACAAACCUCUCCUCCGGCGGGCCCACGACGAUCUUCGCCCCCACCGACGCCUCCCUCAACACGUGCCCGACCUGCUCCACCUCUCUACUCCUCCAAGAACACUCCGUCCCGGGGCUCUACCCGCUCCACUUCCUCCGCCGCUUCGCCAUCGGCACCAAGAUCGAGUCUUUCGCCGCCAACCGCUGCCUCACCGUCACCGCCUCCCCGACCCCACAACGGCCAGGAAAAAGGUCUUCAUCAACGGCGCCGAGAUCGCCAAGCCCGACUUCUUCAACAAUGGCCUCGUCGUCGUCCACGCCAUCCAGCGCCGUCGUCGUCCGGCGCCGAGAACGUCUCGCACCUCUCCCCGCUAUCGUGCGCCGUCGAAACCAUGACCACCUUAUCCUUCCCCCACCGCGCCGCCACCCUCUCUAUCAUGCGCUUCAUGCUAAAAGACGCCAUGCGCGCCAUCCGCGUCGGCGGCUACAGCAUCGUCGCCCUCUCCAUCCGCCUCAAGUUCCCUCAGCUGUUAGAGCUCAAGUCGCCCACCCUCUUCGCCAUCGACGACGUCUCCGUCUUCGUCGGCGGCGGGGGCGGCGGGGGCGGGGAGCUGUACGUGGCGGAGAUGGGGUUCCACAUUGUCCCCAACAGGCUGCUCACGGCUGCGGAUUUGAUGGGCCUCAAAAACGGCACGUCGCUGCCGACGAUGGAGCGCGGCCGGGAUCUGGUGGUGAAGAGCGCCGGGGGAGGCGGGCCGCUGGCGCCGAUGCGGAUUAAUUUUGUGAAGGUGGAUAGGUUUGAUCUGGUGGUUAACAAGAGGGUGGCUGUUCAUGGACUGUCUAUGCCGUUCCACGACGUCGAUCGGAAGUGGCUCUCCGGCCAAGAAUUAGGUUCGGUCGCGGCCGGAGUUCCGGUGAUGCAAUGGUAUGCAUCAUGGAUAGUGAUUUUUGAUGACUUGUGAGGUUAGAGCAAUUAGAAUUUGCUCUG